AUGGCCGGUUUUCCCAGCUACACGAUCCGAACGUUUGCCUUUCACACCCACUUGCGCGUCAUGGACAAAGGCUUGAAUCGGUCAUUCUUUCAGCGGCACAAGCCUUCGCUGCUUGUAUUGAUUUCUCAGCUGUCGGCGGCGGCUCUCAAUGGCUUUGCCAAAUUCUUCGAGACGGCUGACAACCCUGUCCACCCCUUCCAAGUCCUGUUUGUCCGGUUCCUCAUCACCGGCGUGGCCAGCACGUUCUAUCUCUGGUACGCCAAAGUCCCCAACUUCCCAUGGGGCCUGCCCGAGUUGAGGCCUUUGCUGGCCCUCCGGGCGGCAGCUGGCGUCUUUGGGGCCUUUGGAUUCUAUUUCUCUAUCAUGUAUCUCAAGCUCAGCGAGGCUACGGCCUUGAACUUCCUUGGCCCCCUCACUGCCAUGAUCCUAACCCGGUAUCUUGACUUUGGAACAUUCGAGGUGAUUGACCGCAUCGGAGCUCUUGUGGCACUCCUUGGCGUGAUCCUUGUCGUACAGCCUGAUACGCUCUUCGGAUCGCAGUCCACGCUCAAAAGCGCCAGGCAGUCCACGGCAGACGACGGUGCCAAGGGUCGCAUGAUGGGCUUCGGCUUCGGGGUGAUGAGUGUUAUCGGCGGCGCAAUUGCUCUCACCGCGAUUCGAUCCAUCGGGCCGAGAGAGCACCCCAUAUUCAGUGUCAUGUAUUUCGCUUGGACAAUCGUACUGGUGACGACUGUCGCGUUCUUCCUGAUGGAGAGCGUACACUUGACGACGAGCGUGCUUUCGUGGUUGAAACUCGUACCACUCGGGGGUUUCGGCUUCGCAAUGGUGAGUGGGCGAUGUCUACAACGAGUUGCGCAUCCUAACAGUGGGCGCCUUCAGGAGUGUUUGCUCACCGCUGGCAUCGCCAACGAUGCCUCAUCGGCUGCUACCAUCAUGAUAUACUCCCAGGUGGCGUGGGCUUUGCUGCUAGACUGGCUUGUAUGGCAUUCCCCGGUCAACAUCCUUGCCUUGGUUGGAAUCGGGAGCGUCCUAACCAGUCUGGUGGUUGUUUCCUCAGCCAAGGAGUGGAGGUGGCUCAGAAAGGGUCGCUACAACAUCUUAUCGCAGACUUCGCCAGACGAAGCCGAACAAGUAGAUGGAGAUGUGGACGAGGAGGUAGUUGAGAUGCAACCAAACAGUUCAGUAGCAUGA